ACACCGCUUGCUUACUACUACAUCGUUAAUGGGACAGUGUAUCAGUGUCCGGACGCGUACACUUAUGUCCAGUCAAAAUUGAUUGGUAUCGUAGAUUCACUUCGUAUGGCGCUCGAGCAAGCUCGGCAGUAUUGCAGGUAUAGCGCCGGCAGAGGCUAUUAUUGGGAGUUUAAAGAGUCUGAGGGCGAAACCACUAAAAAAGCACCAAAAGAAGAGGAAAAACCGCAACUGGCUCGAAGUACAUAUUAUCACCGCACAAGAACAGACCCAAUGCUGAGAGAACUUUUUGCGAAAUUCCCUCCACCCGACAACAUUGGAUUCAAUUAUGACGAAAGUGAAGCGUCUGCAGAAGCCGAUGCGACCGCAGCUGGUGGCUCUGCUGCUGAUAAAUCGGCACCAACUGCAUCCAUCACUGGUCAGGAUGCGAAACCAACUGAAGAUGCGUCAUCGGCUGCGCAGAAAGCAACAUUUGCCUCACCGUCGAGUGUCCCGAUGAUUCCUCCUCAUCGAAGCGCGGGCGAAGCUUCAGGAGGUCCACUAAGUUUCCCGGGAACUGCGCCACCGCUGUCAACUCCGGCUAACCCACCGCAGGAAACUGAUUUCAAGCGUUUUAAAACAGGUUGA